UCUUAGUUUACUUCUAUGGGGAUUCCAGAACUGAUUCCGGGUGAUCCAAAAACCUAAGAAAUUUCUCGGAUAUGUCGAUCCACCCGGUCGCCCCAUUGUGGGUCUGGCCGAGCUCAUGUUAUGUCAUCACCGUCUGUUUGACCAUUACGUUCGUCACGUGUAGAGGAGCACCCCGCACUCACCAGGAAAUGGUAUUGUGUGGAAGAAAAAUCAAACUAUCGUCCAAAGAAGAGCCGGAGGUGACAGCAUUCGUCUCUCAUCCCUUUUUAGACGUCACAUUAGGGAUCGUGCCACAAGUCGAGUACACAGUCAACGUUCAUUUAUCGAGUCGAGUCACGUCGUCGAUAUCAAAAGUUGCUCUAUUAUCCGAAGGUGAAUUUCGUAUUCCUGGUGACGGAUAUACAAUUUGUGGAUCAUCUAACGGGACAAUAAUUACAAACACUGUAAAAGGUUCUUUCUCCCUCAUUUGGAUACCGAGUCACGUACAAAAAAAUUCAAAAAUAAAAUUAAUGAUUUUGCGAUCGAUAAGUGAAGAAGAAUGGGUUUUUCACACCGAUUACUACGGUUGGAGAAAUAAUUGUUUUCAAGCCAUGGUGCCUCAAGGAGAUUUAACAUAUUCAGAUGUUCGUUAUCUUUCUAACUGUUCUGUUUUUAACAUUUAUCCAAAAUCUCCGCCUGACUCGCGUCAACUUGUCCAAUUUCAGGAUGUGCUCUUAUCCGAUGAAGGUUACAUCGCUCUUCAUUUAAAUUCAGAAAGUUUCGUAGAUAUUAUUAUAAACUCAGAGAAUUUAGAAGAAUAUCUUUAUCACUGGAUAGAAUCGUUAGAAGGGAAUUUACUCAUUCGAUUUCAUUCAUGCCAAAAAUGUCAAUUUAAAAUUGGAACUUCAUUUUUAGAUAUUAAAAAUGGUUGCAUCGCCGUCCUAAACAGUCAACAAGGCAUCUUUACCAAUCCAGGAAAAUCUCUGGAGCGAGAAUGCAGCAUUCAGAUUAUUACUGAUAAUAUUGACGAACAUAUUUAUCUGUUAAUUCCCAAAAGAAAAUCGAGCGUAACGGAUCAAUGCGCCGACAAUUACGCUACCGUAUCAUUACUAGUAUCUGGCAACAUCACCCUGUGCCCCGGUAGAGAACAGAUGAAUCUUUUAUCUACGGGUGUAAAAUUGAUCAUCACUUUCCGAACGUCUGACUUGAAGAUUUUUUAUAAGUCCGUAAAAAUGUGUCAGAAUAUGACAGUUACAGAAGAAAGCGGCAACAUAUGCAGUUUCGGAAAUUACGGAGAGUGCUACUAUAUCAUAAACACCCCCGUGGGAUAUGGUAUCGAUCUGGAUUUUAUAUAUUUAGAAACCGGUCGAUCGUUGAACUGUGAAGGAAAUUACAUGACAAUACAAGAUACAGAGAAAUUAAUUAACUUUUGUGGCAACAUGACCGAUAAAACCAAUAAGAUUCAAUCUGCCAAAAACCUCGUAACGUUACGUAUGAGCAUGUUGCAACCUAUGGAAGCUGGAAGGGGUUUCUGUGCCGUGUAUCGAACUGUGGUGCAAAAUGACUCGUUUACUGCUUGUGAUUAUGGUUGGGUUUCCGGUUCUUAUUACUGCUAUAAACUAUUUACGAUGCAAGCUGAUUGGAAAUCGUCUAACGAAGUUUGUAAGGACAACGGAGGACAUCUUGCUUCUAUAGAAGAUAUACACGUGCAAGAACUUGUAAACGAGAUCCUGUUAACAAGUGCGUAUCUGUCACCCAAGACGGCAGUAUGGAUCGGUGGAAAUGACAUAACCUAUGAAAAUUGUUACGAAUGGUCAAGUGGUCAAAUGUUUCAAUAUACAAAUUGGUUUCCUGGCUGGAAACAAUAUGGCGGAUACAAUGCCCAACCGAAUGAUGAUGGCUUGGCAAAUCAAGACUGUAUCGAACUUAGAAACACAUUCAGAUAUCCCAGUAAAGGGGAAGGAGUUACAGAUACUUUUUAUUGGAAUGAUAGAGACUGCAAUGUCCAUAAUGCAUUUAUAUGUCAGAAGCCUAGACCGGGAGUAUCAAUUCUCGAAUAUGCCAAACCGGAUUGUAAUAGAACCGUUCGUCUGGAUGCUGCAAGAGAUAGAGAUAUGAUAACCAGUCCUCUUUAUCCGGAUAAUUAUCCCUCUAAUGUAAAAUGCUUCAUACAUAUUAUUGCUCCCGAAGGAAGAUUAAUCGAUUUACAGUUCAACGAUUUCAUUUUGGAAGAUCAUGAAUCGUGUCAAUACGAUUAUCUGACAAUUGAAGGAGGGGUUGAAGCAUCAGGAAUCCAUUACUGUGGUGAUUGGAGAUCGAGAAUUAAACUAUUGAGACAGAUUUCCACGUCUAACAUGCUGAAAAUCUUAUUCUUUUCUGAUUUUUCACAAAGUUUUCGAGGUUUCAGAGCAGAAGUCUCUUUAGUGCCAGAAAAGAAUCCGAAGUCGUUAUGCGAUAAUCACCUGUUUCGUAGCCACGAAAAUUAUUGCUAUUUGGUAUCGACAUAUCCAGAAGUGAGUUGGGACACUGCCAAUCGGAUAUGUACGGAAACUCAAUCACAAUUAGCUACUGUUACUUCGACCGAAGAAAAGAAAUUCUUGCAUUCGCUCAUACGAUCCGCAGAAGGAUACAUGUCUGGUGUUAUUUAUUGGAUCGGAUCGAAGAAAAAAUCGGGAGAGAUUACAUGGAACUGGUUAAACGGAGAAAGAAUUUCCUCCGAUAUCAUAAAUUUAGACGAAAAUUCUGCAUUAAAUCAACCGUCGUGUUUAGCCAUACAGUGGAGGCAUCACAACGUUACAAGCGAUUUAUUCUGGUCUGGUAAACGGUGUAAUCAUUCUGGCAGAUAUAUAUGCAAGAAACUUGCAUUUGUCCUCCCAGACAAUCUCAACACUACUUUGAAAAAUAAUUCCGGUCGUUUGACGUCAGUCAAUUAUCCAGCCCAUUACACGAGUAACAUGCACUACGUAAUAAAGAUCGAAAGUAAUCCUGCAUCAAGGAUUGUUAUCAACCUGGAUCAUUUAGAAGUGGAGUGGCAAGAAGAUUGCCUCUACGACUAUUUAGAGAUAACUGAGAGAUUGGCUGAAAGAGGAAAACGAUUUUGUGGAUCAUUAAUUGAUGAAAAAUCUAACUACGUUUCCGAACAGCCAGUUGUGUAUUUGGUAUUUCAUUCUGAUUACUCCGUGACUGGAAGUGGUUUCGUCUUAAGAUGGGAAUCUGUAAUCGGAGACAGCUGUGGAGAAUUACAUAAAACGUCAUCUUACAUCGUUUUACCAAGCGCUUCACGGCGAUAUCUUCCAGGAUUAGACUGCUUCUUUAAUCUAUCUUCGUCUUCUAGAAUACUCAUCACCCUCACCCAUUUCCAUGUUGGUAGCCAAGAUGGUCAGGAUAUUUGCUCUAACGAUUAUUUAAAGAUCAGUCUAGACCAAUCCCGAACGAUUAUUUUGUGUGGAAAUUCUACAUCUGUUCCGAUGGGUCUCACAUUCCUUUCUUAUAGAGAGGUGCUCGACUUUCACUUCCACACAAAUUCGGGUACGACACUUGGCAAUACGGGAUUCAACAUUACGUGGAGAAUCUGGAACCAUUCCAAGGUGGAAAGUUACGCAAGGCACGAGAAAAUAACUUCAAAUAUGGGAGAUUUGUAUAGCUUGAAUUUUCCACUUGAUCCUCCCAUGGAUGUUGACUUCAUUCAGAAUCUUAUAGUGCCUCUAGGUUACCGAAUAAAUUCGGUAUAUUUACAUCAUGAUUUGCAAACUAGAGGAUGCGAAGGAAAAAUAGUCAUCGAAGAUCCUUACGGAGAAACUUUCAAUAUAAUAUGUCCCUCUAGUAAACUUUACCGAAAUAUAUCGUCGACUUUGAAUAUUCUUCGAUUUUUCUCGACCACGUCAUUCUUAAAGCAACCUAUUAAGUAUCAUAUCAGUUAUAACAUAACUACAGGUGAGAUCAAUCAUGGGGAAUACAUGGGUGAAACGGGUCGAACAUUGGAAUUACGGAUAAAAGAACAUGAAGCUGCCAUACGAUUAAAACAUGAUAAUUCACCUUGGUAUAUAGCAAAUGUAAGAAGAUCUAACUACGUUUCCGAACAGCCAGUUGUGUAUUUGGUAUUUCAUUCUGAUUACUCCGUGACUGGAAGUGGUUUCGUCUUAAGAUGGGAAUCUGUAAUCGGAGACAGCUGUGGAGAAUUACAUAAAACGUCAUCUUACAUCGUUUUACCAAGCGCUUCACGGCGAUAUCUUCCAGGAUUAGACUGCUUCUUUAAUCUAUCUUCGUCUUCUAGAAUACUCAUCACCCUCACCCAUUUCCAUGUUGGUAGCCAAGAUGGUCAGGAUAUUUGCUCUAACGAUUAUUUAAAGAUCAGUCUAGACCAAUCCCGAACGAUUAUUUUGUGUGGAAAUUCUACAUCUGUUCCGAUGGGUCUCACAUUCCUUUCUUAUAGAGAGGUGCUCGACUUUCACUUCCACACAAAUUCGGGUACGACACUUGGCAAUACGGGAUUCAACAUUACGUGGAGAAUCUGGAACCAUUCCAAGGUGGAAAGUUACGCAAGGCACGAGAAAAUAACUUCAAAUAUGGGAGAUUUGUAUAGCUUGAAUUUUCCACUUGAUCCUCCCAUGGAUGUUGACUUCAUUCAGAAUCUUAUAGUGCCUCUAGGUUACCGAAUAAAUUCGGUAUAUUUACAUCAUGAUUUGCAAACUAGAGGAUGCGAAGGAAAAAUAGUCAUCGAAGAUCCUUACGGAGAAACUUUCAAUAUAAUAUGUCCCUCUAGUAAACUUUACCGAAAUAUAUCGUCGACUUUGAAUAUUCUUCGAUUUUUCUCGACCACGUCAUUCUUAAAGCAACCUAUUAAGUAUCAUAUCAGUUAUAACAUAACUACAGAUCCAGGAUACAUUCACAAAACUUUAAAAAUUCACUCUGUUUACUCUUGCAUGCCAAAUCCUUGUCUUCAUGGCGGUUCCUGUAUCGAAUCUAAUAAGAGUCAAUGCAAUUGUACUGGAAGUUACACUGGUGUUUUUUGCCAUCUUCAAUGGUGUCAAACUCGACCCUGUGGAGAAAGAGGCGUAUGCCAAACUGUACCCGACGGUUAUAGAUGCAGCUGUCCCCCAGAAUAUACAGGAUCUAGCUGUGAAGAACCCAUAACGCCUUGCAAUGCAAACCCUUGUGGACCGCAUGGUCAAUGCAGCGUUUUCAACGACACUUUCAAGUGUCACUGUCAGUUAUGGUAUGAAGGUUCGCAUUGUGAAAGAUUUGUCUUUCGAAUUACACAAAAGCCUUUGAGUCAGAGAAUGCUUGAAGAACCUUUCUGGCUGGGCUUAAUCACAGUUUUCGCCGUACUUCUAGUUAUUCUUUGUGUUUAUUGUAUCAAAAGAAAGUUUGCUGAAAAAAUUGAAAGACUUUUGGCAGAAGAAAUUGAAAAAAGUAAAUGCAAUCCCUCACCUCCUGCUGCAAGAUACAGUCUCAGCUCCAACCAACUUAGUCUAACUCCUGGAAGUCAAAGUCCUCAAACUUGUCCAAAAUCUCUUUUCACUAAAUUCAGAAAAUAUAGUAUUCGCAGUACUACCAGUGGAAUUAGUCCGACCGACAGAGAACACAGCAGAACUUUUAGUUUUGAUGAUAUUCUUCGUAGAUCUACAAAGAAAACAUCCUCAGGACCCACAGAUAAUAAUAAAAAUGAUGAUGAGAAAUCUCGAAUUUUAGCAUCUUUGGUGAUGUCUCCUCAGACAAGGAGAAUGAGUCUUGAUGAAUUUAUACGAAUGAGCGAGAGAAAAAUUCAAGAAGCAAACAGAGAAGAGGAACAAAAAACUUGCAAUUCACCCGAAUCGGAGAGUAUACAAGAAACUAGCUUUUCGGCUAGAUUAUCUCCUCGUUUUGCUAGACAUUCGGCUCCUUCGUUUACAGAAUUUCAUUCCAUAAGAGAGCAGUCGGUAGAAUAUGCGUCUUCGACGGAAAGUGAAGAAGAUCCGAAAACGAGUCAAGUUCAAGCUGACAUUACUCCACCACCACAAACAACUCAAGAAGACAAAGAAGUAUCGGAUAAAAAGAAAGCGCCAGAUCCGUCCGCCAUUCAGAAAACUGGAUUUUUAGAAGUUCCUACUAUUCUCCUUCCUACACCCACAACACCAGACAAUCCGGAGAAAGAAAGAACUUCGGAGAAUCCACAAAGUCCAGUUCGGAAAAAGCCAGAAUUUCUGGUUGGCCGAAAAUAUUCCGUAGAUCUUCCCAUGCCAAAAAUUCUAGUAACUUCCAAUACCAGUUCAAUUGAGUCCGACCCAAACAGCCCUCCUAGAACUCCAAAUCCUGCAAAGUCGAUGGCAUAUCUUACACCCCUUACGGCAGACAGAACGAUUUCGGAAUCCAAUCUUAGUACUUCGGGUUACUCGUCUCUAUCCAGCCCUGGAUUAAGUAGAUGCAAUUCAAGUAGCCCUAUAUCCGAUGAUCUAGAGAAUCAAAAUGCAAAUACCAAAAAAGUCUCACCUCCUCAUAAAUGGCACAAUCAUCCAAAGUGCCAUCAGACGCAACAGAUCGUGGCUACGUUAACAGAGGGUGAGCAGCCGCAAUAUAAAACGCGCACUUUUACCAACGCUUUGUGGCGUGCACCAAAUCGCAAAACUUGUCAUCACGAUAGAUGCAUGAAAAGACAUUCCUACCAGACCAGCACCGAUGAAUCCAUAGACGAUGAAGGUAUCGGUAUGGAUCCUAUCGAUUUUAAAAUUCGCAAGGGGGAAGUGAAAAGCGCUCGAGAAUUAGAAGCGUACAUAACUAAAAAGACCCCUUUAAUGAAUUUCACCUCGUCCGAUACUUCUACAUCUUCACCCACUACCAGAACCAGUCCCAAUUUGAGAAAAGGUGAUAAAGUUAAGAAAACUGGUACUAAAGGUAGAAAAAGUCCCGUUGCAUCACCCACUUCUGUUUCUGCUUCGGAGACAACAGCAGAAGGCAACACAAAUGUAGCGCAUUCCUCCGACAGCGAUCAAGAGUAUCAAAGACCAAAAACUCAAACGAGAAGAACGAAAAAAGAUGGAACUUCCAGUCCAAGGAUUACGGAAGGAAGAAGAAGCGUAUCUUCGGAGAAAUUGGGGAGUAAGCAGACAAGAAACGGUGUCGCUAGAUGCAAUUCGUCGACGGCAAUUCCUCAAAUAAUUACUGAAAAUUUCGACUUUAUCGUUGCCAAGGAUAAGAAAUCAAGUCCAAGAUCUUCUGCAGAAAAGAUAUUAUCCGUCGAUGAUUCUAUAGAAAGUUCUGUUCCAAGUGACACGGAUGAAGAAAAAACGAUGGAACCACUUCUCCCUUCAGAAUCAUUUCAGAGUAAUCUCAGACGCCAAGAAGCACUAGUAGAAGAAAGUGACAGUGCUGAUUCAAGCAGUGAGACAACAGUUUUACUUAGAAAGGAGCGCACUUCUAUUCCAGAAUUGGAAGAAGCAGGAACUCAAACAGAUCUGACAUCUGCCGUUGUUGUAUAUCCCGGAGAUGAAGCGCUACUCAAUGUUUCGUGAAUUUCUGCAAGAAAUGGUAUUAUUGCUCAUUUAUCUUUUGUAAAUUUGGACUAUGUGUUGCCUGACAAUCUGUAAGACAAUCUUAACAAAAAAAAAAAAACUUUUGUU